GUGCCAUCCUGUACCUGGGCAGAGCGACGCAGACUCUCGGAGACGCAGCAAAGAGACCUAAGGGAUGUGGACAGCUGUGCAGCUGACAGCAUGACCUCGUUCCCCAAGGAAGCCUCUGCAGGUGCGGAGACCAACCAGGAGGACGCUGCGGGUGAGACCUGGGGCACUCCAGAGCAUCCGGAGGUGGCGCCUCAGAGCCCGGAGGACGGACGGGCAAGGACACGGGCUCCCGCAGAGCCCGGGGCCUGUCCUGCCCAGGAUGAACACCUGGACAUGGUCCUGGUAUCCAGUGAGCUGGGUGGCCGCAUGGAGAUGGAAUUUAGACCAGAACUCACUUCUUUGAUUUGGGGAACGGAACGUGCAGAAGAGAAGGGGGAGACUUUUCCAGACACCUCUGCUCAGCCCAGAUUUGGACCUGCCUGGGAAGAGCAUCUGUCAGAAACCAACCAGCCACGGGGCUCCGUCAGGCAGGGGGAAGAGCUGCGGUCUCUGGGGGCGCGAGAAGGUCAAGGGAGAGGGGCACUCGAGGGGCUGGAGGAGCAGGGGCUAGCGGAAGUGGGGUUCCAGGACGGAGGAACUGUCAGGGAGGGUGGGCAUGUGGGGGAGCAGGAGCAACUGGCAGAGCCGGAGAAGGGGACGGAGGGAGAACACGGGCAAAGCCAGGAACAGACACCAGGUGAUGUGAUGCUCACAAAACAGAGAGAAAGAACGAGGCUUUGUGGGGAAUUGGAAAGUCUGUGCUAUGGUGAGGAGGAGAGGAAGCCUCGGGGCCAGCGAGGUCUACAGCAGGGAGAGGAGGGGAGGAGGGCGUUAGGGGGGACAGAAGAGGGGAGCGUGGACGCCCCGUAUGAGGAGAAUCAAAGCCUGGUGGGGAAAUCAGGGAGAGUAACUGGAAGGCAAGAAGGUCAAGGUCUGCAGGGGCAAGUGAUGCCGGGGAAGGGGCAGGUAGAGGAGGCGGGGUCAAGUGAGGAGGAACCAGGGAGUUGGGUUGGGGACCCGCUGUGGGGAGAGGGCAGACAAGAGAGUACCAGAGAAGGGGAGGCCCAUGAUGGUGUUUCCACACUGGCUCUGGUAGCCCCUGAGGUCUCUUCUCCCUGUGACUUAUUUCUAGACGCCUGUUACCCCAUGACCAGUACUCCUGGGACUCAGAAGGAGCCUCGGGCUGAGGAACUAUCCCCUACAGCUCUGGGUCCUACACUGGAGCCAGGAGGAUGGUCCUGCCAGCCCGUUUCUUUACCUGGCUCUUUUCCUGCUGGGGAGUCACCUGACCAAGAAGCAGCUCAGGAUAGCCAGCAAGAGGGAUCUGAGCCUGGGAGGGGGACGGUGUUCAGCUUGGGGACUGAGAUGGCCUCUGCCAGUACAUCCGGGACUCCUCCAAGGACACCAGACUCAGCUCCUUCCAGUCCUGCUGAAGUUUCCCCCAGCACAACUACAUCAUCAUCUGCCAGCUCCCCACUUGCCUCUCCCAGGAGGGAGCCGUCUCUUGCUGCACAUUCUCUAGAAACCUCCAGAGCAUCUGUUUGGACCAACAGGGCAUCUCAUUGUGAGGCUUUGGAGACUCCUGCUGCUGCCCUCCAUGGCUUCCCCUCUGCAGAGGCCACCGUGGAAAUCUCCACCAGCUCUAGUUGGACCAGCCCUCAGAGCCCCCCCAGCCACCCUACAGGGGCUGUCCAGCACCUGAGGAGCAACUCCUUCCCGGGCUCUCAUAGGACAGAGCCGACUCCGGACCUGCUGGGAAUAUCACUUUCCUUCUCCCAUUCAGAGUUGCCCCAGAGGCCCCCCAGACCUGCCAUCUCUGGCUCUGUGAUUCCAAGAAGGGACAGGAAAGGUGGUAGGGACCACAGGAUCAUUCCAGAAUCCCCUAGUUCAUUAUCCACUCUGGGGCAAGACUCUCAAGAAUUCACUUCAAAUCCAGAAAUGUCCAGCAGUCCCCACAGCAGCCAGCCGUGGGGCUCCCCACACACUUCAGCCUUUUCCCCAGGGCCUCCUGCCUAUGGCUCUUCCCCACCCCUUGUCUCUGUAGAUACGAGGAUCCAUGAACCUCUGCCCCCUCCUACCCCAGAGAAGAGGCAUGUCCAACCCUCCAUGGUGGAAAGAGACAGCCAUCUCCAUGCAGGGGUUUCCACACUGAAGCGGUGUGCCCUUCCUCUUCCAUUGGCCCCAGGUUUGGGGCUACAUGGCCCCCCCAAAGGCCCACUUCCCCCAGUUCCUGACCCCCUUGUGGCAAGGCAGCACCGACCUCUGCCCUCUAUCCCAGACACGCCCCACCCUCCUCAGACCUCGUUCUCCCGCAAACUGAGAUACAACAAGCCAUUACCCCCAACCCCUGAUUUGUCCCAGUCCCACCAUCCUGUUUCUUUUAGUAGUGCAAGGAUCUACAGGCCUCUACCCCCUGUCCCUAUUAUGGAUCCCCCCACUGAACCACCCCCAUUACCCCCAAAGUCCAGGGGGAGGAGCAGGAGCACUCAGGGAGGACUCAUGAAUUCAGGGGGUCAGGGCAAGCCAAGGCCUGUUUGUCAAGAGUGGACAGUCUCCACUCCCCAUUCUGCUGGACGUACCUCCUGGCCCCCAGCUAUGGGUCGGUCGACAGACUCUUUGGCUUCUACCAGCAGGAAUAAGAGUGAAGUGUCCCCUGGCAUGGCUUUCAGCAACAUGGCAACCCUUCUGAGUCCCUCUUCCCCAACCACGCCCUGGAAUCUGGAGCUCCAGGGACCUGCCUCUGAACCAGGACCCUCAGAAGAGUCUGAGGCCCCUGCCAGAGGGUCUUCGAGAAGAACAGCCCCUCAGGAAGGAGCCAAUGGCCUGAGGAGGUUGGAUCGAGGCCAAGCAAGGCAGUCAGACAAACUCAGCCAUCCCCACCUGGAGAAGGCAUCCAGCUGGCCCCACAGGCGAGACCCAGGGAGACCCCCGGAGGGCGGCAGCGGGCAGGUUGCAGACCCUGGCGAGGGGUCCAGUAAGCACAAGGGCUGGAAUCGGCAAGGCCUGCGCAGGCCUUCUAUCUUGCCUGAGGGCUCUUCAGAGACGAAAGGUCCAGCCGUAGAAAAAUCCCCUGGCUCUUCAGACACCAUCGUUUUUCGGGAGAAGAAACCAAAGGAGGUGUUGGCAGGCUUUUCAAGACGCUGCUCGAAGCUCGUCAACUCCUCCCAUCUGCUUUACCAGGAGUACAGCGAUGUGGUUCUGAACAAGGAGAUUCAGAGCCAGCAGCGGCUGGACAGCCUGGGAGAGGCGCCGGGGCCCGCCUCCCCCCGGCAGCCCCGGAGGGCCCUGGUCUCCUCGGAGUCUUACCUGCAGCGCCUGUCCGUGGCCUCCAGCGGCUCCCUCUGGCAGGAGAUCCCGGUGGUGCGCAAUAGCACCGUGCUGCUCUCCAUGACCCACGAAGACCAAAAACUGCAGGAGGCCAAAUUCGAGCUGAUCGUGUCAGAAGCCUCAUACCUGCGCAGUCUGCAUGUGGCAGUGGACCAUUUCCAGCUUUCCGCCCCACUGCGGGCCACCCUUACCAACCAAGAAUACCAGUGGCUCUUCUCUCGUUUACAGGACGUGCGUGAAGUCAGCACCACGUUCCUUUCAGACCUGGAGGAGAACUUCGAGAACAACAUCUUCACCUUCCAAGUGUGCGAUGUGGUCCUGAACCAUGCCCCCAACUUCCGCCGGGUCUACCUGCCUUACGUCACCAACCAGACCUACCAGGAACGCACCUUCCAAGUCCUGCUGAACAGCAAUAGCAGCUUCCGGGAGGUUCUGGAGAAGCUGGAGAGCGAUCCUGUCUGCCAGCGCCUUUCCCUCAAGUCCUUCCUGAUCCUGCCUUUCCAGCGCAUCACCCGUCUCAAACUGCUGCUUCAGAACAUUCUGAAGAGAACACAGCCUGGCUCUUCAGAGGAAGCAGAAGCCACCAAGGCACAUCAUGCCUUGGAGGAGCUGAUCCGAGACUGCAACAACAAUGUCCAGAGGAUGCGCCGGACAGAGGAGCUCAUCUACCUGAGCCAGAAGAUUGAGUUUGAGUGCAAAAUAUUCCCGCUCAUAUCGCAGUCACGCUGGCUGGUGAAGAGUGGAGAGCUGACGGCCCUCGAGUUCAGUCUCUCCCCAGGGCCGCGAAGGAAACUGAACACGCGUCCAGUUCACUUGCAUCUCUUCAACGACUGUCUGUUGCUGUCUCGGCCCCGAGAGGGUAGCCGGUUCCUGGUAUUCGACCAUGCUCCCUUCUCCUCCAUCCGAGGGGAAAAGUGUGAAAUGAAGCUACACGGACCUCACAAAAACCUCUUCCGGCUCUUCCUGCUGCACAACGCACAGGGCACCCAGACUGAGUUCCUCUUCAGCACAGAGACCCAAAGUGAAAAGCUUCGAUGGAUCUCAGCCUUGGCCAUGCCCAGAGAGGAGUUGGACCUUCUAGAGUGUUACGACUCCCCGCAAGUACAGUGCCUUCGAGCCUACAAACCCCGAGAGAAUGACGAGUUGGCGCUGGAGAAGGCAGACGUGGUCAUGGUGACUCAGCAGAGCAGCGAUGGCUGGCUGGAGGGCAUGAGACUCUCAGAUGGGGAGCGAGGCUGGUUCCCUGUGCAACAAGUGGAGUUCAUUUCCAACCCAGAAGUCCGAGCCCGGAACCUGAAGGAAGCUCAUCGAGUCAAGACUGCCAAACUACAGCUGGUGGAACAGCAGACCUAGCUUUCUCUGGGAGGAAUCCCCUGAGCAUAAGGACAAGAUGUUCCUGGAAAGGGCUGGCCCCAGAACCCUUCAACAGAGGCUUUCUGUGGACCAAGAACUAGACCUUCGGAAAACUCAAGAACAAAAACCCAGCUACCAGUUGCUAGUCCCAAACCUCCUGUUUUUGUGCUUUGUGCUUGGUGGAGGGAUUUUGAAGGACUUUGCACUGGACUCUGAGAAGCUUUUCUCAUAAGAAAAGGGAGAAAUGGGGCCUAAGCCAAGGAACUUUACCUCUACUACCAUAUAGUACUUAAACAUUCUCUGUUUCCAGAAUACAGAUUCAGGGCUGACCAAAGUUAACAUCGCGGCUACAAGUUAAACAGAAUCUGAUCUCAGUUCACUGGAGGGAGAUGUUUAAGGGGGAUUAACACACCACAUGAGAGGAUCAAGCUAGUGACCUCUAAGGUGCCUUCCAACUCAAGAGAUUUUCCCUAAUUAUUGGUGUGAGGUCAGGGCAUGCAUCUCUGGGAUCUAUGUCUGUUGGUGGCAAUGUGAGGGUUGUACUCUCUCACGCUAAUAAACUUGGCACUUCUCUGAGUGUUUUCUUCUCAGACUCCUGAGCACUGAACGGGGUUUGGAACAUGGAAUUCUGUGAGAAUUCUAGGCCAUUUGAUUUAGGUACCAUGAAAGACCAAGAUGGUGCCUAGAUCAGGGCAGAUGCCAACUCUUGCUUUAUGAUUCCCAAGAGUUUGGGCAGCUUCUCUGUUUGUUACAGCCUCAGAGGUUGUACAAGGGGUUAAAAGGAAUUGACGAGUGGUAAAAACCCCAUUCAAACCUUUUUUACUGAACCUAUAAGUUAAGCAUAGGUUAGUUCGAAUGGAUUUGGAAAUCCUACUGAGACCAUUCGUGAUUUUAUAUUUUGACUUGAAUUAUGAUGAAGGUAUCUUCCCAGCUGUUUCAUCCUCUUUGUGAAAAGUAGCGUGCUAUAAUGGAAGAGUCCUAGAACCCAAGUCAAGAGACCAUCUUGCUGUACUGCCAUAGUUCAGCCUGUCCAUGUCUCAGUUUCCUUAAGUGUAAAAGGCAGGAUUGGGCCAAUCUCAAAGUCCUAUCCAGCUCUGCAAUAUAGGAUUCUCUAUCUCCUACUGGAUUGCCUUCCUCGAUUUAGCAUCACUGUAUGAUUUUUCAUAUAGAGCCCUCACAUAGUCACCUUUUAAGCUGGAUCAUUAUAGUUCUUCUGUGGACAUUCUACUGCUCUGUUUCAUCUUUAGGAGUGCCCAGGAGUAGCAUUGCAUUGCAGCUUUGUGCAAAGGUAAGAAUAAUGGUGUAAAUUUUGUCCUCUACCCAAUUAAGGAUGAUACAACACGAUAGUCUCAUGUUUGUUAACACAUUCUGUUUUCUACCCAUCCUAAAAUAUAGUUUAGCUGGCUUAAUUUUUAGAAAAGUUAUCACUGUAGUAAGAUGGGACUCACUUAUCCUAAAAAAGUUGACAUGACUGAAAAAUCUAAAAUAGGGAUGGUUUUAGAGAAGUUCAAUUGAAGUUUUCACUAUUUUCAUAAAGCCAGCUUUUUAUUAUUAAUAUAUGAUAUAUUAAUAUGUAUAUACUGUAUGUAAAUUAGCAAUUGGUUCUUCUUAAUAGCUUUAAUAAUUAACAUAAUCCACAUUAUUUGUUCAAACCACUAUUUGACUACUGGCCAUGUGGCUCAAACAGAGCCGUAUCCCAAUCUUUAUAUUUUCUAGGCAAAUUCUCCCUUAUUUUCCCAAAGAGAUACAAUGUCAACUUCUGAAUGAUACACAUGCAAAUAAUUUUCUUAAUUGAAUGACUACUUCUUUGUUUGAAGUUGCUAAGGCUUUCUGGGUGUCUUUGAAGCUGACAUUUAUAAGACUAAAACUGCCUUUAGAUAUUUAAUAUGUAUUCAUUUAAUUGGGUUAUUCUCACCUAAUCUGGGAGAUUAAAAGACAAUUGGCUUCUGCCUGUCUUUUGUUUUAAAAACAAAAACCAAACAAAAACUUAGAUAUGAGUAAUCUCUACUCAGUUGAAUUGCUAAAUUUUCUAUCCUUUGGGUUUUGGAGAAUUGGGUAUAGGUCUACUUAUUGUUUCUUCUUUCUUCAGAUUUCCAUAAUUCAACACAAUUUAUUCUUGAAUUCUGAUUGACGUCAUUAUCUUAGAAACAGCAAUUUCUGAUAAGAGAUUGUGCAAACAACCAUUACCAACACGUUUGGGACAGAAUUAACAUCUGAGGCAUGUAUGAAUAUACAGUGUUUUUGUUUUUGUUUUUAAGCAAAACCAUGCACAUGGAUAGUGUCUUCAAGAGACAUCAAGGGUAGUUCUUUAUCGCCCUUUUCUGGAUUGUAACACGCCUGGAGCUUAGCAGAUUUCUGCUGAACUAUUUCCUUUGUGCCCUUGACCACACUGAAUUUCCAUCUAUCACUUUUACCACUAACACAGCUUAGAAAGCUGUUCUUUAAAAUUUAUUUUCACCAUUAACUCUUCACUUACAGUUAACUAUGAUCUUAAGUUUUUUAUUGUGUACUAUUUGCUCUGCUGUGGUCAUUUGUAAUAAUUUUAAUAAUUUCAGCCUACAUGUUAAUAUCUGGAAGGCUCACA